AUGGAAGAACGUUUUCCCAGCCAUAAUGCCACUGACCAUACCAGUGAAAGUUUAUCUCAGUUGUCUGCCAUUCAAAUCAUCGAAAUUGUUUUGUAUUUCACUAUUUCUGUGAUUGGAACAACAGCAAACAUUAUGGUUUUUUACACGUUGCUGGGCCGUCAUUAUUUAAGGGUUACUGAAUAUCUCAUUCUGAACUUAGCUCUUACUGACUUAGCAACAUGUGCCGUGAGCAUAACCUUUGACUUGACAGAACGUCUCUUAGGAGGAUUCCCUUUCGGUUCGAUCAUGUGUUCUGUUGUGUAUCCGUUGCAAACAAUCCUCAUGGCAGUCUCAGUGAUCACACUUCUUUUCAUAAGUCUGGAACGUCGGCACAUGGUAAUGAAACCCUUCCUUCUACCACGAUUUCAUCCGAUAAAGGCAAAGAUCGCAAUUUUUGUCUCGUGGAUCGUUCCUAUUUUGUUUAUUAUUCCCCAUGCUCUCGUGCUAAGGCUUGAUGGGGAUCAGUGCUUGGAAAUGUGGCCCGAACAUUGGCAUGUUCAAAUUUUCACGCUGACAAACUUUACCGUCUUUUUCGCCAUUCCGAUGGUUGUCAUCGCCACCUCUUACUUCAUGACGGGGAGAAGAGUGCGAAUGGAACUUGCAAAGCUCAAUGAUAUGCUGGAAGGGACCAACAGAUCAAAGAGGGACUUCAUCAGGAAGCGCACAAUUCAAAAACUUAAAGUUACAAAGAUGUUUAUCAUCGUUGUUUUCUCUCUUUUUGUGUGCAUGUUACCCACGCAUUUGGUAUGGAUUUGGCACGAUUUUGCUCAGGGUCAACAGAACGCACACUUUGAGUAUGCAUUGGUAUUCAGCAAUAUCUUGAUGUACUUAAACAGUGCUUUGAAUCCGUUCAUCUUUAGAACUGUUCGAGGUAAAUCGUUUACCCGACUGGUCGCGUGUUGUUGGAAAAAGUUUUGCGAAAACUCAAAUGAGUCAAGGAUAUCCCUCAAUUGCGUUUACACUCAUUAUCAAAUGUCUCAAAUAGAGGGUGAAAGAGUCAUCAGAGUCACAAAACAGACUUCUUCCAAAUCCUCUUGCAGAUUUGAAAUGCGUGACGAGACGAGGGUUUAA